AUGGACGCUGACGAAUUCAAGAAAGGAUUUAAAGAGUUCGUGGCUAGACGCGGUACACCAAAAAAGAUCUUGAGUGAUAAUGCGUUAACCUUCAAAGCGACCAAACAGUGGCUAGACAGUCUUACUAAGGAUACGGAUUUGUUUAACUACCUAACGACGCAGAGGAUAACUUGGCAAUUUAAUUUGUCUAGAGCCCCUUGGUGGGGUGGCUUUUUCGAGAGGCUUGUCGGGAUAAUGAAAUCCAGUUUGGCUAAAGUAAUUGGUCCAGCGAUGUUAACGUUCCCCGAGCUUGAAGAAGUUCUGCUGGAUGUUGAAUGCCUUAUGAACAACCGCCCACUCUGCUACCAAGGUGAAGAAUUCGAACAGCCUGUAAUCACACCAAAUUUACUUCUUCGUGGUUAG